GUGAGAGCAGCACAUUGAUACGCUGGAGCUGGAGAGUUGGUUGUGUAAGCAGGAUCUGCAGGGAACUACAGAGGGGCUAACAAAAUGUUUGGCACUGUGGUGGUGGGGAUCGGAAUUGCUGGAUCUGUGCGGAUAAGAGACAUGCUGAAUCCGAUGCCUUCCAGCCCUUCUGAGCACCUGAAACUGUUUGGCUUUGUAUCCAGAAGAACCCUCGGUAAUAUUAACGAGGUCAAGCAGAUUAGUCUGCAAGAUGCUCUGGGAAACAAAGAGAUCCAGGCGGCCAUCAUCAGCACUGACAACAAAAGCCAUGAGGAGAAUGUCAGGAUGUUCUUGGAGGCUGGGAAACAUGUCCUUGUCGAGUACCCCAUGGCGCUGUCCACUAGCACAGCACGUGAGCUCUGGGAGAUGGCUGAGCAGAAAGGUAAAAUCCUCCAUGUGGAGCACAUUGAACUUUUGACAGAAGAGUACAAGCAGCUGAAAAAGGAGGUGGCUGGGAAGGAGCUUGUGAAAGGAACGUUACAUUUCACAGGUGGUCCCUUGGAUGAAGAGCGAUCAGGUUUCCCAGCUUUCAGCGGAAUUGCCCGCCUGACUUGGCUCGUUGACCUCUUCGGAGACCUCACUGUCACCUCAGCCACUAGAGAGGAACAGAAAGAAAAGAGUUAUUCCAGAAUGACAGCACAUUUUCAGACUGCAAACAAGAAACCUCUGACAUGGAUUGAAGAAAGGGGACCAGGGCUGAGACGUGAUAAGAAAAUCAACUUCUGUUUCAAAAGUGGCUGCCUGGAGAACCUCCCUGAGGCCCCAAAGUCUGCUGUGGGCCUCUUCAUGCAAGAUCAGAACCUCUUUGCCAAAAAACUGUUGGGCCAGGUCUCCAGAGAAGAGCUGGCCGCUGAGAAGUGGCGCAUCCUGCGGUGCCUCGACCUCGCAGAGGAGAUUCAGCAGCACUGUGAACGGCCGGCGAAAAUCCAUUCCUAAGGCCGCUCUUUAUGAGAAAGGGAAUGUGGUAGUCAGAGGCUGAGUAGAGCUGCAGCUUAGUGUUACCCUAAAGCAGCUUGUUGGCAGUUAACUUCUAUUUGAUUGGUUCUUACCAUUAAAAUCCAUGGGGCUUUGCUCAGGAGCUUGGGCCCCACAAGUGUUUUAUGCUGUGUGAGAUAUUUAACAUGGCAGAACUGGAUGAUGCAUUGGGCUGUCCCCAGUACAUGGCAUCUUUCCAGUCAAACUUAAAGCUACCAGGCAAAGAGUAUUCAGACGUGUUGCUCCCACAGAAGUCAAUGGGAGGUUUUGUCAUUGACUUCCAGGGAAGCAGGCCCAAUGAGACUGCAGAAGUUACAAUUUAUUA